GCCAACCGUCAAAGCAGUCACACGUGUGUUCUGUGGCAGAGCUCUACCUACGGAUUGUGUGGAUUAAAAAAAGGAAAAACAUCCAGCAGCAACCAGUGCAAGCGUGUAUAGCUGAUCGUCCGAGAAUCGACAUCGCAACCGUGUGGAAAACUGCACACUUUCGCUUUUGUUAAUAGUUGUGUGUGCUCCCAUUUAGUUCAGCAGAAUAGAAAACAAAACAAAAAGGGCCCUCCCAACACGACCCACGUCCCCAACCUGCCGACAACUGGUCACGGUAUAAAGAUCGAUAAGUUGAGGACGCGCGAGGACGACGACCAGGACUAUUACGGCGACGGCUACGCUAACGGCUCCAUCGAUAGCACGGGAGCAACGGAGUCACGGUGGCGUCCGACGACGGUGAAGAGAUGGGCGAGGUUGGUGCGAAUGCAUCCGAAACAACAGCAUCAACGACGGAGAGCAGCGGCGCGCUUAAGGAGAACGGUCAGCCACUGGUGAACGGUGGUGGCGGAGCGGUGGAUGAUGCAGGAACCGAGGCAGCGACCGAAGCCGAUGACGGCGAGGAGAAGCUGCAGAAAAAAGACACCAUCAACGUCGAAGAACCGGAGAAGGAUGAAGCUGUAGAUGGAGAUCGUCCUGCGAAGGCGGCGGAACCACAGGAUGGCGGCGGUCGGGAGGUAAAAGGCAGUGAACUCGAAGAGGAAAAGGAAACACCCACAUCGGACGUGGUGCAGGAAACGCAAGCGUCGGCUGAGAAACAAUCGCAGCAGGCUUCGGAUGAAGAAAACAAUGACAGUGCUGCCGAACCAUCGUCAGUUGUGGAGGAAAACUCGUCUUCUAGUAAGCAGAGCACCGUUGCUACGGGCAACCACUCUCACACGUCGGCAGCUGCGAACGAUGGUGAUGUGAGCAGAAGGUCAGAAACCACAACAGUGGCAAGCGAUAGUGAAGAGCCGCAGGAAGACACGAACCGAAGCAGUGCGACUGCGAAUGGUAAGUCCACCCCGGCGAAGGAAGUGGACGCUGAGAAAAGCAACUCAAAGGAGGGUCCGAUGGAGGUGGAUGAAGAUGAAAAUGCCGGUGGGGAGGUACAGAGAAGUAGUUCUGCACAGCAGGCAACACAGAAUGGCGAUGAGAAGGUGAUAUCGCUAAGCGGUGACCAGGAUACGGGAAUACCUUCGCGGGAAGUGCCACGAUCGAAGUCGAAAAGCAUCACCGAUGACGAACCGAUGGAGGUCGAUGGUGGUACCAACGAGGAGGACCAGGAGGAAUCAUCAUCGGUUGCGACGAACGGUCACAAUGAAGUUGUCGAUGGAACCAAGGAAAAUGAAGCGACCAACAAAGAGAAGAACGCCAAGACGGCACGUCAAGAGGAGGAGGACGAUGACAAACCGGUCAGUAUUAAUUCCGACUCCGAAGCCGACGAGCCGACGCAGCAGCGCGACGUGCCCGUGACGACGACGAUACCGUCGAAACCAAAGCCAAAUGUGAUCGUAGUCGACGAAGGAGGGCUGAUCAAGCUCGGCGAAGGAGGAAGUGGUGGAGGAGCUAGUAGCAAACAACCGGCCGCCGCCGCCUUGGAGCUUCCGUCGGUGGGCAACGGAGAAACCACAAUCACGACGGUGACCAAGAGCAACCCGUCCAGCAAUGGCAUCCAACCGGCGGCUCCCGUCGUUGCUACCGGCAACCAAAAUGGCGACUGUGAUGGAGACGUAACGAUCCUUAGCGAUAAGGAGGAAGACUGCGUCGUGAUCGAGGAUGACGACGAUGACGAGGACGACGAAGACGAUGAUGACGAUGUCACCGAGGGUGAUUCCGAUGUCACUCCCGCGACGCCCGUGUCCACACCCACAACUGCGUCCUCGCGUCAAAGUAUACGAUCCAAGGGAGGGAGAUCCGGAGGAGGCGCUGGUUCGAUGGUGACUGGCGGACCGAAUCCGAUGGCACUUGUAAUGCAGCAGGCGAAGCAACAAAACCAACAAAUAGACGACGAUGAUGACGAUGUCGAGGAAAUUAUCGACGACCCGCUCGCAUUACCAGUCGGAAAAGUCGGUGGUCGCGCAUCGCUGGGGGGCCAACAGUUCACGGGCUCUAUGAAGGGCACGGGACAGAAGUCACUGCUGAUGAGCAACUCCGGAACGCCCCCGGCAGGUAAGGAGUCUUCGCUGAUGAUAAUCGACACCAACACACUCAUGAACAACAACGGAAACUCGCGGACGGCAGCUAAUAAUCUGGUAGGAAAUGCCAACAGCCCACUCGGGCUAGGUAAAGCUCCGGUCGUCGGUAUGAUGGGAAAUAACAUGGCCGGCUCUCCCGGCAGUGGUCAGUUUAAUUCGCGCAGCUUGCUCAACUCUUCCGGGAUAGUGAAUGCCACCGGAACCGCGGGUGCUAUCGGCAGCGGUGGUAUGCUGGGAAAGGCAAAUGCAUCUCCGCUGGCUCCAGUAACGCCCCUGUUGCCCGCCCUCACCGACGAUAUGUUCGUCCUGGAGGCGCCCUCGUUCAUCGUGCCGUAUAUCUACGAGAAGCCACCGGUCGACAAUCUACGCGACAUUCUCGACGACCUCGAGGUGGAGAUCAAGGAGAUGCGAAAAAAGCUGGAAGAGUCGGGUGCGGUUCCGCCGGCGGAUAAGGCAUCGGCCCAGGAUUCCACAGCAACAACGGACCAGCAGCAGGGCGAAGCGGCGAAAAAGGAGCAGGAAUCAUCGGCGGGUGACACCGAGAAGGAACCGGACAGUAAGAAACGCAAGCGCAACAACGUCGUCGACGACGACGACGAAUGGGACGAGCUGGACACGUCGACGGACGACGAAGCGUCCGAUGAGGAGCAAAAGACGAAGGUGCUGAUCAAGGAGGCCCGGGCGGACAUCGAAGCGAUCAAGGAGCACAUCAUCUCGCCGCUCGAUAAGGACGACCUGACCGGGGGCGGUGGCGAUGCGAAGAAGCAAUCGGAGAACUACUUCGAGAACCCGCUCGGCAAGUUCUUCAUGAACAUCGGCAUCAACCAGGUGCAGGAGUUCGUACAGACGGAUCUGCUGCGGCAGCAGAAGCGCAAGCGGGACCGGGAGGGCAAACCGUCGCCCAGCACGCAGAUGGCCAUCAACUCGCUGAUGAAGAAUCUCGAGCAGAGCAAGGAGAACAACAAGCCGUACAAGUUCGAGAUGAAGCGCUGCGAGUACUGCCCGUUCAAGUCCGAGUCGGCGCUGGUGAUGGCGCACCACUACGAGACGCCCCACAUGCGCAACUUUAUCUACAAGUGCAACUUCUGCUCGUACGAGACGCGACCGCCGCACGACAUCCUCUACCACAUGGAGGCGGUGCACAACAUCAAGGGGCGCAUGGAGAAGGCGCUCUCGUACCACCACUGCCCGAACUGCCCGUUCGAGGACAAUGGCAAGUCGAAGCUGGCGCGGCACGCGGUCGCCUGCGCAAAGAAGUUCCGACCGGAGGCGAACCUCAACCCGCCGCUCGACUGGGAACCGCCGGCGAAGAUACCGCGCAUCAAACCGAAGCAUGGACUCGUCGGGACGGCCACCGCAUAUCAGGCAAUGACCGCCCAGCAGCAGAAAAAUCUUGCCCUUGCCAACCAGCAACGACUCAACCAGCAGCAGCAGGGUGUGACACCGGUGGCGUUGCAUGCCGGCGGCCACCUGACGCAUCAACAGAUCGCACAGCAGCAGGCGGCCGGUGGCGGUGCACUGAACCUGAGCGGGCUCGGUGCGGCCGGCGUCAGUGCGCUUAACAACGUCAACCUAGCGAACCUGUCGCCGGCUGCCCAGGCGGCCGCCAUCCGUGCCCGUGCUGGCGGUGUGACCGGCGGUAAUAAUGUUGCCGUCGCUGGUCUCGCGGGUCGCGCUCCGGCCAUCAUCUCCUCGCCCACCGGCAUAACGGCCGCGGCGGCCGGACUGCGAACGGGGGUCGGCGCUGGGAUGGGAGGGGCGGCCGGUGGUGGUGUCAUGAGUGCGAACGCGCUUGCCGCAUCCGCCGCCGCCAUCCGGAACACGCUCGCCGGAGCCGGAAUGGUAAUACCCAAUAACCUUCAGCUAUCGGCAUCGGCCUUAGCCGCCGCUGCUGCUGCGGGAGGAUUUAAUAAGUUUAUGCCGAAUUCCCUCAACGCUGGACGAUCUCUUCUAUCUAAUUCCAAUGCCUCAAUAACGAUUCAGAACGCGUCCAGUAUGAAAGCUCCGAAAACCGCCCAAGCGCCCAGUAUUUCGAUCACCCCCUUGCCCCGACAGUCCGCGUCCGGUAAUGGCGGCAGCGGCAGCAGUAGCAAUGCGGCCAACAUGUCCAACAUUGCCGGCGCUCUGUCGAAGCUGCAGGCCCAGGGCACGUCUGCGGUCAAGCCCGGCCAGAACCCGAGCGGCGGUGGCAAGACGGCAUUCGUGGUGUGCGAAAUUUGCGAUGGCUACAUCAAGGAUCUGGACCAGCUGCGCAAUCAUAUGCAGUGGAUACACAAAGUGAAGAUCCACCCGAAAAUGAUCUACAAUCGGCCCCCGCUUAAUUGCCAAAAAUGUCAGUACCGAUUCUUCACCGAUCAGGGCCUCGAGAGGCAUCUGCUCGGAUCGCACGGUCUCGUGACGAGCUCCAUGCAGGAGGCCGCCAACAAGGGCAAGGACGCCGGCCGUUGUCCUGUAUGCGGACGGGUAUACCAAUGGAAGUUGCUAAACCACGUAUCGCGCGAUCACAAUAUGACCCUGAAACCUGCACACCUCUCGUACAAAUGCACCGUCUGUACGGCCACCUUCGGCAUGUACAAGCAGUUCGAAAGCCACGUCUACUCCGCGCACAGCACGGUCGCGAAGAAGACGGUCGACAGCAAGGGCGGCGGCAAGGGUGGUGGUGGCCAGCAGGCGGGCAUGGGUGGUGCAACUGGGUCCUCGUCCGGCAUGGGCCGGGGGUCGGCGUACGGUUCCGGCAACGAUUCGCUGCUGAAGCCGCUGAAGAUCAACGACGAGAUCACGAUCAUCCCGCAGCCGACUUCCAACAGCAGCAAGAUGGCAAAAACGAUCGAGCUCGAAAGUCAUGUUAUAGAUUAAACGUGCUACCGCCACUCGGACAAUGGAGGGUCCGAGCGAGAUUAAGCGCAGGGAUGCAAAGCAAAAUUCCAGCACACUCCCGGAGUUUAACUUCCCACACCAGAAAGAGUACUCAUGCUCGUUCCGCGGCACGCUGGAAAAGUAACAGGACAUAAGAAAGCAUCAGCGAACACUCACUCCGUUCAGUUGGCGUGUGUGCGUGUGUGUGCGUGUGCUGCAUACAAAUAGACACACAGACCUUACGCACGCACUUGUAAAUGAUAGUAAUCCUGUAGAGUAAUCCACCGCAUCCCUCCACUCUCCCUUCCCCCCCCCCCCACCCCCCCGAACAGCCGCGGUUAACGAUGAGAUGGUUAGGGUGUACCCGGGCAUCGCGUCUGAUCAAACGCACCAAAUUGCGGUGGAGCUACUCCCCCCGCACCCACCCACACACCCCACACACGCGCGCAGUAAAUUGAAACAUUGAUAGGAUUAUUACCACCUUUUUCCUCUGUAACUCUUCGGUAGAUAUCUUAAUAUACUAAACUAUGAUUAUGUUCUUUUGUAAUCCUUUUUGUAAGUAUUAAACACAGCGUGUGCGCUCAGUAGAAA